AUGGCCGAGAGGUGGGUGUCGGCGCUGCUGCUGCUGCUGUUCCUCGCCUUCUCCUGUCUUUCGGGCCACGGUGAGGGAAGAGCCAACCGCGGCGACUGCCAAGCGGCCGACCCGCAGGAGGCGAGCGGGAGGGGCGGGUGCCGGACCCAGGACGCCCGGCCGCUGCCCGUCUCCUCGGGAGGAGAGCGGGUUCUUGCCGCGCCCACGGAUGUGCGCUUCCAGGCCCGCGUCUUCCAUCACCUGCUUCGCUGGAAACCGGGCCCUAAACCGGCCGGCGGGGUCCUGUACGAGGUGCAGUAUCGGCGGGUCGGCAAGGACAGCUGGAGGGCCGCCGCCAAUUGUACUCGGAUCGCGCUCGACUCCUGUGACCUCACCUGCGAAACUCAGCAGCCCGCGUUUCACUAUUUGGCCCGGGUGCGCGCCAUAGCCGGGAACCGCUCCUCUGCCUGGACAUGGACGCGCCGAUUUACGCCGAGCGAAGCAACUCUGUGGCUGUCCAAGGUGACCCUCUCCAGGAGCGGAAACCAGCUCCGGGUCUCUCUGCAGCGUCCCACCAGCUGCUGGGCCAACCUCACUUAUGAAGGCAGCUAUGAGGCAUGGGGGGAAUAUCUGGCCCGAGUCCGAAGAGUGUCCAACAAUCAGGAGCUUGUGCAUGUCCACAGCAGCCUGGAAUUUGACCUGCCUCCACUGCUGGGGGGAGAGCAGUAUUGCAUCAGUGUGAAGCCUCGGGUGGCCUCCCUGCCAAACGCUGCCGACUGGACAGAGGAGCAGUGCGUCUCAAUACCCCCGCUAGAAGAGUACGCUGUCCUUACGCCAAGUUUGGCCUUCCUGACUCUUCUAAGUCUUGGCAUUCUGGGUGCAGCACUGGGCUUGGCCUCUGUCUACACGAAGAAGACCACAAGAAUGCCUUCAGUCCUGAAAUCACCCCUUGGGCACAACUUCUGCUGGGGUCUGAGGGAGGAGAGCAAGAGCCACAUUCUGCACAUGGAGACCGAGUCCAUCCAGCAGCUGUUCUUCCUGGGUCCACAGGAUCAGGCACACCUGGCAAAGAGGGGGAGUCUUUGCAUUGGAGCGGUGCUUCCAGAGAAGAACUGCCAGCAGGAAGAGGGCAGAGGGCUGGAGGAAGGCAGCGGCUGCAGUGCAGACAGUGGCAUUUGCCUUCAAGAAACCUUUGGCAGCCUGGACAAUCUGCAUUUCACCCUGGACCUGGGUCAAAAGACUGGCACGCAGAAAGAGGCAGGCAGCGUUGGGAUAAUAGAGCAACUGCCCCUGGGCGAGGAGGGGUCACCAUCCAAGGAUCUGGCUCGAGCCCAUUCUUCUGGGUACAAGCAACAGUCAGGGGCUCCUUUGGAUCCGGAGGAUUGCCCAAGGCCUCCCUCCAGCGUGGAUGGGGAGGCGCUUUCUCAUCCCAGCCAGGCAACUGGCUACUUGAAGCAGACCUUCCUUGAAGCGCCCCCUGGCUUGCAGGGGAUUGCUCUCCCAAAGGACUUUCUUCAUCGUGUGGACCGGUUCCCAAGCAGCACGGCCUCGGAUGUCUUGGGACCAUAGCCAUCGCCCUGCAAGUCAGUUCCAGCAAGGUUGGGCUUCUCCAGACAAGAGCCUCCAUUGCCUCUUCCCCUGAUCCAGCGACAGCUGAGCUGGGAUCCCAUCCCCAGAGCUUUCCUUCUCAGUGCUGGAUACAAGGGGUCUGCCUCCUCCCCAGGAUCCCCAAAGGCAGAACUCUGCAGAGAAGGGAGACCCCGUCUUGAGAAGGGGAGAGGGAUCCCACAUGCAAAGCUCCCGGUUGCCUCUUCUUUUCAUUGGACAUCGCUCCAACCUUGACCACCUUGGCACUCUCCCAAAGAGCAGCCUGUCAGCCUGGAGAAGCUGUUCCAGAAGGUGUUCCAAAGGCAGCAACAAAAGCAAAAGAGGUGAGGAAGUCCUGGCUUCACGAGCACAGCUGGGACCAGCAACUCCUUCACCCAGUGAUCUGGUAACUGGACCAACCACUCUCUGACCCCGGCUGGCUGUUUACUGCCAGCUCCUCCAUUGGCUCUGCUUGUAUUAAGCUGGCUAGGAAGCUGACAGAUGUUGGUCACAUGGCCAUGGGACCCUGUGAUAAUUGUAACUGCUCGCUGGAUGCAAAGAACAUGUCUGUGGGGACACUGCGACAGAUGUAAAUGUGAGGACUGGUCGUAAAGUUAGUUUUUUAGCACCACCGUAGCUUUGAACAGUUGGUGAACAGGGCAGUCGUUAAGCAGGAGCAGCUGUGGUAUGGCUC